CACACAGAGAAGUCCAGACACAACCCAAACCAUUUAGUUGUCAUGAAUGUGGUAAAAGAUUUACCAGAAAAUCAAAACUAAUCUCACACAUGAGAGUCCACACAGGAGAGACACCAUUUGUAUGUGAGCUCUGUGGACAUAAAUUUAGCCAGAAGGGUUAUUUAAACUCACACACAAGAGUCCACGCAGGACAGAAACCCUUUGUAUGUGAGGACUGUGGACAAAGAUUUAGCGAGAAGGCUAAUUUAAACAGACACAUGAGCGUCCACACAGGACAGAAACCCUUUAAAUGUGAGAACUGUGGACAAAGAUUUAGCCGGUCGUCUAGUUUAAACAGACACAUGAGAGUCCACACAGGACAGAAACCCUUUGUAUGUGUGGACUGUGGACAAAGAUUUAGCCGAAGGUCUAAUUUAAACUCACACAUGCGAGUCCAUACAGGACAGAAACCCUUUGUAUGUGGGGACUGUGGACAAAGAUUUAGACAAAAGGCUUAUUUAAACUUGCACAUGAGAGUCCACACAGGACAGAAACCUUUUGUUUGUGAGGACUGUGGACAAAGAUUUAAACAAAAGGCUCAUUUAAACUGGCACAUGAGAGUCCACACAGGACAGAAACCCUUUGUUUGUGAGGACUGUGGACAAAGAUUUAGCUGGAAGUCUAGUUUAAACAGACACAUGAGAGUCCACACAGGACAGAAACCCUUU